UAAAGAAUCGUAUAUUAGACCCCAAAGUAUGGAAGAUGUAGAUAAUUUAUUAAGAAGUUAUCAUCAUGUUGUAACUACUGGUGAUCAAUCCAAAGUAGAUAGUUUCUUAUCAACUACUGCUACUGUUAUUAAUUAA